UUUAGUUUCGUUACCUUUUAUUUUGAAAUAUGUGAAAGGAAUCAACCGGAUAUGAGAUGCCUAAGGGGUUGACCCUGCAGAAGCAUCAUUCCAGUACAGGAUAAAUCAAGUAGCUAGCACUAUAGUGCACCUGUUCAAAAUGGGAAAAGGUUGUAAAGUUGUAGUGUGUGGUCUAGCAUCAGUUGGAAAAACAGCAAUUCUUGAACAUUUGCUGUAUGGCAAUCACGCUGUUGGCUCUGAGUCCAGUGAAACCCAAGAGGAUGUGUAUGUGGCAUCUGUGGAGACAGACAGGGGAGUGAAGGAACAGCUACGCCUUUAUGACACAAGGGGUCUCCAUGAUGGACUAGAGCUGCCCAAGCACUACUACUCAGUAGCUGAUGGGUUUGUGCUUGUCUACAGCGUUGACAACCUCGAGUCAUUCAAGAAGGUGGACAUACUGAAGAAGGAAAUAGACAAGUCCAGAGACAAAAAAGAAGUGACUGUCAUCGUGCUGGGGAACAAGACGGACCUGCGCGAGCGGCGUCAGGUGGAGCAGGAGACGGCACAGCAGUGGGCGCGGGGUGAGAAGGUCAAGCUGUGGGAGGUGAGCGUCACGGAACGCAACUCCCUCAUCGAGCCUUUCACCGUGCUCACCAGCCGCCUCACGCAACCACAGAGCAAGUCGGCCUUCCCGCUACCCGGCCGCAAGAGCAAGGGCACGCCGUCCGACAUCUGAACCAGAAGGCAGGUGCCUGCUGCUAUGGAUACGGUUCAGUUUCCGGACAUGGUGCUAACCAAACGGACGGGAGGGCCCGAGUCUCACACUUGCAUCCAUAUCUCAAGUCUGUCCAUCUCAAAUGCCUUUAAAUUAGAGGUGUAAUACUACCUAGUAUACCAAGCGUAACCACACAGCAAUAAGAAUCCUACUGCUUUGAUGUUUGGCUGUAACCUGUUAGUCUGUAAUUUGUCUAAAUGGUUCUCUAACAUUUAGCUCAAGUGUUGAGAAAAUUAUUUAUUUUAUACCUAAUUUAUUUUUGUCACUUUACUAAAAUUACAUUCCUAGAAGAUAGGAACAAUGUAAACGUAGAAUACAAUUGUGCUUGAAUGAAAUGUCUCGGAGUGAAUAUCUCCUUGGGAGCCUAAUAAAUGUGAUG